UGUUGUGGUUAGUGGAGGUUAGUGGUCAUGUUAUGGUGUUGUGUUACUUUUAUUAUAAAAUGUAACGUUCUUAUAAUAUUUACGUGAAGAAAUUAUUUUUAUGGUGUAGGUUUUUUAACAUUCCUCUUGUUUCUAACCUUCUUUAAAUUCGAUAAAGCAGAAUAAUGACUAACAUUUUAUCUGAGCAUAGAGGUUAUAAUGAUUCAAGUGACGAUAGUUUAUCUCCUAACGCUAUAAAUGAUGACUUUUUUGAACACGACUCUGACUACAGUAAUUUUGACCAAUACAGCGCAACACCACCACGUACGAGGGUGCUGAGAAAGCACAAGGAAAGGAAACGACGUUCGAAAGAAAAUUCUGGAGGUAUAAAGAAUCCUGCAUAUUUAAAUAAAAUGACUACCCCAAAAGUUUUUUCAAGGAGUAUGUCUGCUUCACAACUGAAUUCACAAUGCAAUGACUGUGAGGAAAGUUACGAUGUGGAAGAAAAGAAAAGUAAUAAACGUUUACUGAAAAUGCUUCGCAAUUCUGAACGAGACUUGAAGUUGGAUAUUAGAGCCACUCAGGGUGGUAGAUCUCAACAUUGCAAAGUGCUUGAUGGGUGUAGCGCUAUGCCUAUGUCGCUUAUUAUUUCUUUUUCUAAGUUGUACAAGGAGAUGUCCGACAUAGUAGUAGAGGAAUACAGAGAAAAGUUGGCAAAAAGUAUGGUACAUUUUGUAUUUAUGUGGAUGAAGUUUGCUACGGAAAGAUGUGAGAGAGGGCGUGGUAUGCGGCCCAGAUGGGCGUAUCAAGGACUCGAAUUUUUAUUGAUAGUGUGCGACCCUAAAAACACAGCUUAUUUAACCGAUGAAGAGUUUGAGGAGCUAAAGAACCGAAUGGAUGCAUGUAUAUCACAUGUGAUAGGAACAGCUACGGUUGGAACCGACACCCCUUCACCGAAGGUGGCCUUGGAUUUCUCAAGAACGUUCCCAAGAUCCCGAGCUUCCUCCCCAAACCUUCGAACCACUUACAGAAGCCAGAGGAAAAAGAAAAGUAAUAAACGUUUACUGAAAAUGCUUCGCAAUUCUGAACGAGACUUGAAGUUGGAUAUUAGAGCCACUCAGGGUGGUAGAUCUCAACAUUGCAAAGUGCUUGAUGGGUGUAGCGCUAUGCCUGUUGUUGAAGGUUGUAAAAGAUUUAUGAGUCUUUAUUCUCGACGAGUUACUGCUCCAAAAACAAGAUCUGAAGACGGUUGUAAAUUUGAAUUAAAUAAGUCUUUAGAGAGAGAUGGUGUUGACGAUGGGUGUCCUCAAAAUCGCGUCGAUUUCCACAAGACACUCAGUUUGUUAAUUAAAAUGGGAUGUGGCGAGAAACAGAGUCAGAAUCGAAAUCCACGAAGAAAUGUAAGCCGUGAAGAAGUUUUAUGGCAGAAUGAGUUAAAAGACAUAAUCUGGCUCGAACUCCAAGCGUGGCACGCUGAUAGGACCCCCGCAGAACAAGAUGAUUAUUUAUGCACCGCUAGGGACUCAGUUGAGGGUCUUUUAAAUGAGAUAAUGAACUAUAAAUUUCAAAGAGCAGCCUGUAGUGUAUCAGGUCGCAGUUUAGAUAGCGGUAUAUCAGGUGAAGUAUGUGAUGGUUGUAUAAGUAUGUUUUGUGGAACAUGUUUGGAAGUCCAAAAUCAGGCGGUAAGAGACGUCGAAUGUCUCAUGAACCGAUUAGAAGAAGCAGAAUCCCUGUUCCCUUCAAGUAAAGCAUUUGGAGAGCAUUACCCUCUUUAUACCUGUCCCGAAUUUAUUGGACGUGUUCGAGCUAUGUGUCUUUGGUACAACACCGUAAAGCAUUUAAGACUUAUGUUAUUGAUUACUGGAAAACUUUUUGCAAUGGUCGAUAAUAAGAUCGAAUGGUCUGUUUUUCAAGAGGAUUCUGGUUUCGAAUCGACGAGUCCUUCAGAUAGUAACAAUUCUAGUGGAUCUGCCGAUAUAUUUUCUUACAAUAUUAUGGAUUUUGUGUCAGUUUUAAGUAUUGGGUCCAAUAAGGUGACUGCUUAUCGAAAAUAUAUAGAAAAUAUUUUAAAAACUAGAGGUGUGGAAAAAAGUUUAUCAUUUCUUGCCAAAUUACACAAAUUUGUACUGGAAAAGGCAAAACUAACGUUGGAAAAACCAGAUGACAGCAUAUUCAGUAAGACGGCUUUUGAAAACCAAGAAGAUGAGCUUCACAGGUAUGGAACAUGGAGUCCUGAAGCAAUUGCCCUAAGUCUUCCUUCCUACAAAUCGAUCUUCCUUUUUCUUUGUGUGGUUCCAUUAAAUAUGGUGCAAGAAUUUUUGAAUAUGCGCUUAGAGCAAAAACCCAACAAUCCAUCUCCUUUAAGUUUAAGACAUCUUAUUAGAGAACUCAAACAGGGUCUUCAAAAAGCUACUAGUCAUAGAAAGUGGUUUGUUCAUUAUAUAAGUAUAGCACUUGUUGACUGUGAAGAAUUUAAAUAUUGGUAUGAGGAGAAAUUAGCUCAACUUGAUGGGACUGUUUCUGAAAUAUUUGACUCGUAUUUGACUUAUUUGGAACAGUUGGUUUUGUUAGAACAUGAGACGUUCCCUAAAAGUUUUUUGGAAGAAGAGUGGUGUUUCUCAAGCUCAAUAACCGAACUUAUACCUGGUGGAAAGCAAAAAGCGGAAGACAAGUUUAUGUUAAUGUUAUGUUCGUUAAUGAAGGCGUUGAGUAAAAGACUGAUAAAUAGAAUCGAAGAACUUACGGUGGAAAUUAAAAAGAGUGAAGAUGAAGGAAGUAGAAAGCACAUUUUGUCAGCGAUAUGUCAUAGUGUGCAAUCAGUUAUAAACGAGGAGAGAGAAAAGUGUGGAAAAAUGAUAACAUUUUUAAAAAGUUUGGGACGUGUGUGCUUUAGCAAAUUAGAAAAGGGGGAUAUCAUUAAAAAAUGUCUUUCUCAAGCUUUUGUUUCAUUAAAAUGCACUCUUCCAAUAGUAAUAGAAAAAAUUGAGUCAAUUUUAUUUACCGUUUCACUGGAUAAAUUUGACGACAUCGAAAGGUCAUCUUUUGUAUCAAGGAGUCGUGAAAUAUUACAGCAAGCUUAUAGAUUUGGAUUUGAGUUGUACAAGGAGAUGUCCGACAUAGUAGUAGAGGAAUACAGAGAAAAGUUGGCAAAAAGUAUGGUACAUUUUGUAUUUAUGUGGAUGAAGUUUGCUACGGAAAGAUGUGAGAGAGGGCGUGGUAUGCGGCCCAGAUGGGCGUAUCAAGGACUCGAAUUUUUAUUGAUAGUGUGCGACCCUAAAAACACAGCUUAUUUAACCGAUGAAGAGUUUGAGGAGCUAAAGAACCGAAUGGAUGCAUGUAUAUCACAUGUGAUAGGAACAGCUACGGUUGGAACCGACACCCCUUCACCGAAGGUGGCCUUGGAUUUCUCAAGAACGUUCCCAAGAUCCCGAGCUUCCUCCCCAAACCUUCGAACCACUUACAGAAGCCAGAGGAGUAAUAACAGAAAAACUAGCACAAAUACACCACCAGCCAUUACCUUUAAUAUGGAACUUGCAAAGACCACAGUUUCCAAUGAAAGACAUGAUAAUUCAGAAGAUUCGACGUCAGUAAGGCAACGUCAGUCGAUAUCGAAGCAGGAUCGUAUAAGGGAUGCGGUUGAAAAACUUGAUAAUGAACUGGAAAUGUCUUUGCGAGAACACAACUUGAUUGGCAAAGUAGUAGCAGUAUGUAAAGACCCAUUGUCAAAAGUGCACAUUCGGCGUCGAUAUGUAAAUUUUUCUUGGCAAAGAGGCAUUAAGAUAGGCCAAGGAAGGUUUGGAAAAGUUUACACAGCUGUUAACAAUACCACCGGAGAAAUGAUGGCGGUCAAAGAGAUAUCGUUGCAGCAAAACGAUACUUACACUAUUAAACGAACUGCGCUUGAAUUGAAAAUACUUGAAGGAAUUUCUCAUGAGAAUUUAGUGAAAUAUUACGGCUUAGAAGUACACAAGGAAGAAAUGCUAUUGUUUAUGGAAUAUUGUGAAGAAGGUUCUUUGGAAAAUUUAAUUUCCGGUUCUGAAAAUGGUCUUCCAGAAUUAUUGAUUCGAAAAUACACUUAUCAACUUUUGUCUGGUUUAGCUGUCCUUCACUGUCACGGUAUUGUGCAUAGAGACAUCAAAAGUGCUAACAUAUUCUUAACAGAUAAGGGAAAUCGAUUGAAGAUUGGCGAUUUUGGUUGCGCUGCUAAAAUAAGAGCUCAAGUGACGGUGCAUGGUGAAUUGCAAGGGUUUGUUGGAACACAAGCAUAUAUGGCUCCCGAAGUUUUCAUGAAAACAAACAGUGAGGGUCAUGGAAGGUCUGCUGAUAUAUGGUCUGUUGGAUGUGUUGUUAUAGAAAUGGCUUCUGGGAAGGUAAAUGAGUUUAAAAGAAUAAAUUAUUUUAAAAAAGUUUUAGUAUUUUCUAUGCCAUUUUAUAAUCCAAAAGAUAGGGCAACAGCUUUAGAACUGUUACACCACAAUUUUGUUAAGGUUGGUGACGAGCUUGUGUAGAUAUUUUCUUUUUUGUUUUUAAUUCAUUUAAGUACAAAAUUUACAACAUUUUUAACACACGCCCUAAAUAUAUUGGUAGAAGGGUGGUUUUUCAUAUUAAUAGUAAUAAUUUAAAAAUACAUAAAAUUUUUGUUAAUUUUAUUGAUAGACAGUUUGUAAUAGUUUAGUUUGUAGAACGUUGUAGACAGCAGUAUUUUGCACAGAACUGGUUUUCUAUUAUUUUAUGUAUUAUUAAUAUUCGUAGUUGUUGUUAAUGAUCUUAAAGUAAUUUAUUACAAUCGCGUUUAAGUGAUUAAUACAGUGUGUCCAUUUAAGACAAUUUCUUCCAUAGUUUAAUUAGUAUCAGAUUUAUAGAAAAUCUUUUUUAUAUAAUAACAUCGGAGAUAUCAUAUACAUUAAAUAUUAAAUAAACUGGUUUUGGUUUUGAUGUUAAUUAAAUAAAUAUUAAGUAUAGUGAAAUAAUUAAAAAAAAUACUUUUCGUAUCAUUAACGUUUUGUUCUAUGAGAUAUCUUUGUGUAUAUUCCUUUAUAAAACUUAGUUCUCUAUGUUGCAUAAAUUCUAUAACUGGGUAUUGCUCCUUCAAAUAGACUAUACGUAUAUAUGUAUCACUAUUUUAUGCAUGUUUGUCUACAUGUGUAAGUAUUUUUAACAUAUUCUUCCAAUAAUUUGUACCAUAAUGGACAAAGUAUUUAAUUCUAUGAUAUGUAAAUCAAUUUGUCUUGAAUGGGACACGUUGUAUAAUUAUUACAUUAAUAUAUUUAGACGUUUAGUAUAAAGUUUAGACUCAAAACGAUAGUUUGAAAUUAUCUUAUUAGAUCCUUAUAUUUUAAAGUUCAUUAAUAUUUUAAUAGUGAAUUAAUCGUUUUAUAUCAAUGUGAUUUUUACUUAAA